ACUACGAUUCCCAGGGCGCAGUUUUUUAAGGAACACUUCCUGAACUAUGGGGUGGAAGGAUCAUACAGUGUCAAAAUAAGAUUAAAUAUAGCUAAUUCGCUUACAUUCAAUUGUAAUCAACCCAGGUUCAGAGGAAGCUCGGCUGUUUGUCUCAUAGCCAUUUUUACAGGCAAGCAACAUGGACAGACGGUGUUUUGGCUGUGCGUCCAAGUUCUCCAUCUUCAAGAAAGAGUGUGGUUGCAAAUCUUGUGGACAUUCAUUUUGUGCCGGUUGCUUGGGUUUCAGUGCUGUGCUCCCCCAGUAUGGUAACACCAAACAGAAAGUCUGCAGGCGUUGCCAUGAAAGCAUCAGCAGUGGAGAGAAUAAAAAAAAUGAUCCAUCCAAGUGGUCCCCUCCAGAAAAUUACAAGAAGCGAGUAGCAGCCCUUGAAGCCAAGACAAAUCAAUCCAAGGGGGUGCAAAUAGCUCCUGGAGCAUCCCAUAUUGGGACAGGAUCUAGUUAUCAUGGUUUGUCAGCUGAAGAUAGAGCCAUAGCAGAACGACUGGAGAGGCUUAGAAAAGAGUACAAGCCCAAAGCUGUUCCUUCAACUGCAGAGAUAGAGUCCAGGUUGGAAGCCUUGAAGAAGGACCCAGAUCGGAAAAUUCCAUCAGCAGAGGAGAUGGAGGACCGAUUAGCUGCAUUACAAGGGCGGACUCCUGUAUCCAGAACUCAGAGACAAGUUCACCAGCCACCUGACACUAGAACGCAAGUCCAAAAAACUGAUGACUUGCUGACUCAGCUGAAAGAAGAGGUGGCCAUUGAUCAAAACUUUGAGGGGGAAACUUCUCAGUCACAAGACUUCAGUGCUGCACCGAAGAAUGACCUGAGCAGAGUCGAUGGGAAGGAAAGCUGGGCAGAAAUGGAUCCGGCACAACUUGAGGAGGAGAAGAACAAGAUCCUCUCAGAAGCUGCAUCAGAGCUAAAAGAUGAGAAUACAAGGGCAGAAAAGCUCUUGGAGAUAGCAAAGCGACUGGCUGUGCUGCAAGGCAGAGACCCAGACAAAGUUACCGCAGACAACUAUAAGCUGCCUGACAGCGAUGAGGAAACUGAGGAGGAAGCCAUACAGAGAGUUCUUAAGCAGCUCUCUGAGGAAGUUGUUCUAGAUGAAGCCAGUGGUUUUAACAUCCCCCCUGAUCAAAACAGACCAAAAUCCGACAGCUUAAAAAUGCCAGCGGGUAAUAAACCUCAUCCAAAGGAAAAGGUCGCCACAAAAAGCCAACCACCAACUUCCAGAGAGGCAGAUAGUGAUGAAGAGGAGCUGCCAUGGUGCUGCAUCUGUAACGAAGAUGCUAUUCUGAAGUGUCAUGACUGUGAUGAUGAUCUGUACUGCAAGAGAUGCUUUAAGGAAGGGCACGAUGAGUUUGACCGGAAGGAACACAGAACAUCUAGUUACAAAGCACCCAAGAAAAAGAGAGGAAGAUAAAGAA